ACUACUAUUAGUAAUAAUGAUAAUACUGUGAUGACGCCAGUCGCGUCAGAAGAACGCGCUCUGUGAUUGGUUGAACUACUUCCUGCUUCCUGUCGUCCACACAUACACGUGAAGGUCAGCAUCAGAGCCAUAAGGCUUCCAUAAUCAGAACAAUAUUGCUGUAACGACCGCUUUUUUUUUGCAAAAUAUGAACGGCCAGGCAGCGUCAGCCGACCCCCAGCUUCAGCAGUUCAUCGAAAUCGAGUCUCAAAAACAAAGAUUUCAGCAGCUGGUGCAUCAAAUGACUGAGGUUUGCUGGGAUAAAUGUAUGGAUAAACCCGCACCUAAGCUGGACUCGAGGACCGACAUGUGCUUCGUUAACUGUGUGGAGCGAUUUAUCGACACCAGCCAGUUCAUCCUGAACCGACUGGAACAGACUCAGAAGGGCAAGGCCUCCUUCUCCGAGACCAUGUCAGAAUGAAAAAACACUGUCACUGAAAAGGACUGAGGAGACACACGCGCACACGGCUCGCGCUCCAUGACGAGGCCGUUUUGUCCGGCCACAGCUGUCUGCAACGGACCGUCUGUUCAACUAGGGGAAAAAGGAACAGCAUCAAGUGUUACUUUUAAAACAAAGUGCCUCAGAUAAACACAAUGUAUGGAUGCAGAAGAGUGGGGUUUUAUUAGUUCUCCACUUAGCAGGACAGGAGUGUUGCGAAACGCUUAAGAUAGUGGUCUGUUAAUAACAGUCUUUUUUUUUUGUUUGUCAAAACUGAGCUUGAAUGUGUGGGAGACUGCAGAGAGAGGGAUGCAUCCUGGACAUUCAGCGUCAGCCAGCUGUUUUUGACAGCCACGAGGUCUUCAACCCACACACAGCUAAUUUAAGAGAAUUAACGGAUGUCUUGACCGAAGAGGUGCAAGGUUUUGGACUGUACAUAUGCAAUAAACAUUAUGCCAAAUA